GCUGUCAUUAGUCAUAGCUCGAAUCUUCUUGGACUGUUGGUCAGCCCAUUUGAAGGUGUUCAUUGUUCGCCAACACAUCGUGCACGAAAGCUUAUAUAUAUAAAGUGAUUUUAUUUGUAUAUACUUGCAUUAGUAAUAUAGUACUUACCGCAGGUAACGUGUGUGUCCAUUUUGGAGAAUUGUGCAACGUAUUCAUUUAAAAUGAACCCGUACCAAGGGCCACCACGGUAUCUACACAAUAUCGGAUUUAGCAACAGUGCACCACAGUCGUUUGGAAAUCCAAUGCCAAUGCCGGGUUUCCCUACUAUGGGUUACCCGGCACCUCAACCGGGCUACCCGAAUGCUCAACAAACUUAUCCACAAAAUAGUUAUCCAGUUCAAGGUCACCCACAGAGCCAGGGUUACCCACAGCAGCCCCAGGGUUAUCCACAACAGACUCAGGGUUACGCUCAACAAAAUCAAGGUUACCCUCAGCAAAAUCAGGGUCAUUCGAUGCCAAAUACUGCUCAAGGUUAUCCAAAUGUUCAGGGUUACCCAAAUGCUCAAGGGUACCCGACUCAAGCUGGGUAUGCCCAAGCAGGUCCUCAGGCAAGUGCUGGCUAUCCUCAGUCAAACCAAUACCAAGGAUAUCCACCUGCUCAAAGUCAUCAAGCUUAUAAUGUAUCAAGCCCAGUAGUUAGUCAGCCUAAGUCAAAACCAACAGUUGUGCCCGUGAACCCCUUCGACCCCCGCGAAGAUGCGGCUGUGCUCCGAAAGGCGAUGAAAGGCUUUGGCACCGAUGAGAAGUCCAUCAUUCAAGUGCUGACCAGACGCAGCAACGAACAACGUCUCCGGAUAGCUUUUGAAUUCAAGACGUUGUAUGGCAAGGAUCUAGUGUCAGACCUUAAGAGCGAGACCAGCGGAAAGUUCGAAGACCUGCUCGUAGCUCUGAUGACUCCUCUACCACAGUUCUACGCUAAGGAGCUGCAUGAUGCUACAGCUGGCAUCGGGACUGAUGAAGAUGUGCUCAUAGAAGUCAUGUGCACCAUGUCGAACCAUGAAAUCCAUGUCAUCAAGCAGGCGUAUACUGCCAUAUACGGAACGCUGUUGGAGGAUGAUUUGCGAGGCGACACUUCGGGCAACUUUAAACGGCUCAUGACAUCUCUUUGUAUGGGUAAUAGAUCUGAGGAUUUCCAUGUUGAUCAAGCGAAGGCGAGGGAAGAUGCAAGGAGUCUACUUCAAGCCGGUGAGCUGCGUCUAGGCACAGACGAGUCAGUAUUCAACGCGGUGCUAUGUUCGCGCUCUUUCCCACAACUGGCGGCCAUUUUCCAAGAAUACCAGUUCCUCACCGGACACGACAUCGAUGACGCUAUCAAGGCGGAGUUCUCUGGCGACCUAGAGAAAGCCAUGCGUGCUAUUGUGAAAGUGGUCCGCAACAAGCCGUUGUUCUUCGCGGAGAGGCUCCACAAGUCCAUGAAGGGUCUCGGCACCAACGACCGGCAGCUCAUCCGCAUCAUGGUGACGCGCUGUGAGGUGGACCUCGGUGACAUCGCUGAGAUGUUCCAGGCCAAGUACGGGGAGUCUCUGCAGAGCUGGAUUGAGGGUGACUGCUCUGGACAUUACAAGAAAUGCCUCCUGGGAUUACUAGGUUUAUAUUAACCUAUAAAAUCACAAAUAAUAUGCACUGACAUGCAUAAAUUGUGUAAUAGUUUGAGAACUAGCAUUCUUAAUAACAGUAUAUGAUAUCUAUAUUUAAUAUAACCUAUAAGGUGUUGUUGCAGUAAUCGAGUUAUAUAGUUUAUUUCUUAAUUUGUAUUUUUGAACCGAAAAAAAAAAGAAAUCGUCUUUAUCGGACAUAAAAUAAAUCCUUAAUAUAUAAUACUGUGUGUACUGGAUUUUGUUUGCUAGAUCUUAGACUGCAAGUGUCAAUCUCAAAUUAUUUUUAGGUUAUAUUUUUAUUAAUAUCAGUGCCAUCUAUUGAUCUGUUUCGCAAGUAACUCAAAUAGAUGGCGCUAGUAGUUUGUAACGUGAUUUGCAAUAGGUCCUAAAUACUAUAUAUUUUUGUUUUUCAAAUCUAUCGUAGAAGUUAUUUUUGGCUUUUACCGUCCAAUUUGAUCUGAUUAAUAUUUUAACUACGUUUUUACGUACUUUGUAACAAAAUUACUUUAAUAUUACUUGCAAAAUAAUAUAUAUAUUAUAUUAAUUUUAUAUGUUUCAUAUAACAAAAAAAAUAUUUUAAUAUUCAUAGAUGGUUAAGUUCUUUGUAAUAAGUACAAUGAAAAAAAGAUAGAAUAUGUUGUUUCUUGAUUUAAAACUGUGCCUUGUGAUCU